AAAAGAUUUCCAAUGUUGACAUCGUGAGAAUUGUUUUCGGUUUGUCAGCAAAACAUGCGAUACGCGUUGAAACUUACGCUAUGGAGGAGCGGAUAUGUACUUUAAAGCGUCAAUAACUGAAACAUUCAACAAUGUUGAAAUUCCUAGCUGACAGGCAGUCUGGCUUGGACGAUCCAUUGGUCAUGAGGAGAGCAGAAAGUACUCGCCGGUCGUACGCUCUCGAUUUGAGCAAACGACGCGAUUUUGAAGUUGUCCACUUGGGAGGAAUAAACUCUCUGGACAUUGAUCCCGUGGAAGCAAGAUAUUUGUUAUCUGGAAGUUCUGAUGGGUCUGUUGGUGUUCACGAUCUCGAGAAUUUCACUGGUGAUGUUAAGUAUACUUCAAAAUCUGUGUGCUUUGCUGGAAGAGGUAGCCGUCAUCGCCACAAACACACAGUGGAGACUGUCAUUUGGUACCCCUUGGACACAGGGAUGUUUAUUUCCAGUGGAACGGACAAACUCCUCAAAGUCUGGGACACUAAUACUCUAGUGCCAGCAGAUGAGUUUGAGUUCAGUGGCAUCAUCUACUGCCAUGCCAUGUCCUCAGUUGCCACAAAGCACUGUCUGAUCUCUGUAGCCUGCCAAAGUUCUACCCUGAAGCUAGUUGACCUGAAGUCUGGAUCUGCCACACACACUCUGAAGGGUCAUAAAACCUCUGUCCUCUGUACAAAGUGGUCAACCAGGGAUGAGUUUAUAGUAGCAUCAGGAGGUCAGGACAACCAGGUUUUACUGUGGGACAUCAGGAGUGCCAAGGGAGCCCUUAAAUCACUUGACCAGUACAAUGGCAAGACUGCCAACAAUCACUACACAGCUAACACUGCUCACAGUGGACAUGUCAAUGGCAUGACUUUCACCUCAGAUGGCCUUCACUUGGUGACGUUUGGAACAGAUGACCGUAUACGACUAUGGAAUGUGGCUUCUGGGAAGAACACCAUGGUCAACUAUGGAAAAGUUAAUAAUGAAUGGAAGAAGAACAUUGACAUAGGGAUCACACAGGGCUGUAGUCCAGACAUACUCUUUGUACCUAAUGGCACCAAUAUAGAAAUGCUUGACAUAUUCAGAGGCAGUCAGAUUGACAUUUUACGUGGCCAUUACAUGCGAGUUAACUGUUGUAUAAUCCACCCUCAUUAUCAGGAAUUGUACUCUGGUGGUAGUGACAGGAACAUUCUGGUGUGGACCCCAGAUACAGAAACAGCUUAUGAGGACCACAUCAAGGAGAAGCAUGAUGCAGAAAAAGAGCAGGUGGCACGAAUAGCUGGUGUAGUGGCUCGCUCUAUAUCUGCUACAGCAGACACCUGGAGUAGCGAUGAGGACAGCUGAUGGUCAACAGAUUCACGAUGCAUUAUGAACACAUAUUUCAUUCCAUUUUUUAACAUAUUGUUUAGAAAUUAUAUGUUUACAAAGUAUCAGAGGCAUGGAUGUGUUUACAUGUGUAUUUGUACUCUUUAAUUCAUGUAACUGUAGAUGGGGGGGGGGGUAACUUUUUACUUCCCAGUCAGAAUAAUUGAUUUUUCUGGCAAAAAAACCCAUGUUUUCAAACAUUUUGGAUUUUUUUAUGUCAAAAUUUUGAUGCAAGUUACAUUACAAGGCAUCAAUAAGUCCCUUUAACAUUGUACCAGGGUACUGAUAUAGUUGGUACAUGUAUCAGGGUUUCCUGAGGGGUUAACUAUCAUUUCAUGGAGUUGCAGUGGUUGUGAUAUGAGAGUCUCGUCACAUGGAAGUUGUAACUGAAGUAUACGCUUCAAAAUAAUGAUAAUUUUAAUGCAAAACCUCUACAUUAUGUCUAUAAUCCUUUAAUCCUAACAAAGUAUUUUACAAAUGAUAUCCUGCAUAAUUUCAUCAAUAUGGAAUGCACAUUUGAUUGAUUGGAAAGAAUUCCUAGAUAAUGUAUAUGACAAUUGCAAAAAAAAAAAAAAAAAUGUAUCUACACGUAAAUAAUGUGUUGGUUUUACUUUUUACUUUAUUGCAAUUUAUAUUCCAGUUGGUGAAUCCACCCUCAAAUGCUAGUGUGAGGUAUAGCGAUAUACAAAAUAGAUUCUAGUUUUUUUAAUCCAUCCUCUAAUACUGGUGUGAGGUAUAGUGAUAAACAAUGUGAAACAAGCUUUGUACUGUUGGCUGUUGUUUUUUUUUUUUAAAUAUAUACAUUUAGUAUACACCAGCCCCUAGUGGAUGCAUGAAUCAAGAAAAUAGAUUGUAAACCUAAAGAUGUGAAAAUAAGCAUGAUUGCUAAAUCCUUUAUGUUACAUGUAGUACAUUGUAUUUUUUUUUUUUUUUUAUAGUAAUAUAAAUAUUAAGAUGUUUGGCAAGUUGCAAUAUAGCUGUACACCAGGUGGGGCCAUGAUAGCUCAGUCAGUUAGAGUGGUCGUCAUGUAACCUCAGGUGAAGAUCUGAGCUACAUGGUUUGGUGCUCCCUACCACUCGACAACCUGAGAAAUGGACCGUCUGUGCUGUCAUAGUUGUGUCCGUGUACCUUAAUGAAUGGCACACAACAAGCCUCCUGUAUGUUUUUCAUUGAGGUAGUCACCAACUACUACAAGAUCCCACCACAAAUUGACCCUUGCUCAUCUCAGGAUGGUAAAUUCAGCAAACAAACAAAUAUACCAGGUGAUAUACCAUGUACAUGUAUGUUCACAAAAUUUGUUUUAUUUUGUAUUUUUUUUAUAUUUUUUCUGCAGAAGACUUAAAAUCUCCACAUGAAUUGAUAUCAAACAAAAAACUGAAGUGAUGCUAUAAAACUGUUAAUUGUAAACAUUAUAAGAAAUGAGAGUGGAUUUUAUACACUUUAUUUUUGUGAUUCUGUGUGGAAGUAUUUAAUACGAAUGGUGAAGAAUGAAUGAACAUGUGUUGGUUGAUGUAAAGUUUUAAAUACAAGCUGUAUGAGUCCUGUAUCAUUAAGUACUCAAUUCUUUUGUUUUACUCUUUAUCAUAAAUAAAAGCCUAUAAUAAACGGUGAAUGGUAGUACACUGUCCAUCUGAUGACCUUAACAAACCACUUAUCUGUAUUGUCUUAUCAGUUUCAGAAUUCUCAACAUUCAGCAGUGAUUUUAUAAUAAAAACAUCUCUCUAA